UCCGUGCGUGUACAUUGUCGUGGCGAGAGAAUCUUGAGCUCUUUACUUUGGUAACACGAAUUUCUCCUGAAAGUGAAGAAUCCAGCGCCGAAAGUCACUUAAGUGAACGAAUCUUAUAUAAAGUGUUAAUUAGCAUAAAAGUGUGAAUCGGUGUAAAGAAAGUGUUUGUGUGUGAAAAGUUACAUGCAUAAAUGUCUUGUUAUCAUGAAAAGGACAUUCGGAACUUUGCCUAGGUGGUGUUAGCAGUCCAGAUGCCGGCUCGAGGGGUGCCAGGUCCGGGCUGACGCUGUCCAAUGGCUGGCAAGUGGGGCUCGCUGCGCCGGGUGCUGCAGAGGAAGCGCGUGUACGAGCCCGAACAGUUGGACCACGGGAACUUAAGAAGAUGUCUGUCAGUAUGGGAUCUCACCGCGCUGGGCGUGGGCAGUUCCCUGGGCGUGGGCGUUUACGUACUGAUCGGCUCCGUGGCACUGCACCUAGCCGGGCCCUCCAUAGUGCUGUCCUUCCUCAUUGCAGCGGUGGCGGCCAUCUUUGCUGGGUUGUGCUACGCGGAGUUCGGGGCGCGCGUGCCAAAGGCGGGGUCUGCGUACAUCUACACGUACGUGACCGUGGGGGAGUUCGUCGCCUUCAUCAUCGGCUGGGACAUGAUCCUUGAGGCGGUGUUUGGAACUGCCAGCGUAGCCCGCGGCCUGAGCAUGUACGUGGACUCGAUGACCAAUAGCUCAAUGUCUGCGUGGCUCACAGCUGUGGUCCCUAUCAGCUCAGCGCACUUCUCGCCAUACUUCGACUUCUUCUCCUUCCUCGUUGUUAUGACCUUAGGGGUACUGCUCGCGUUCGGAGUGAGGGAGUCGUCGAUGGUAAACAAUCUGUUUACGAGCUUCAACCUGCUGAUUAUUGUGUUUAUAAUCCUCGCGGGUGCAUUCAAGGCUGAUCUCAGCAACUGGCGUAUACCGCAGGCAGAUGUGCCGGAGGACCGAGGUGUGGGAGGGUUUUUCCCUUACGGCGUGUGGGGAAUGCUGAAGGGUGCUGCGGUGUGCUUCUACGGAUUCGUGGGCUUCGACAGCAUCAGCUCCACUGGUGAAGAGGUGCGGGAUCCACGUCGCGCCAUACCGUUUUCUAUUAUGAGCACGCAGGUGAUAGUGUUCCUGGCGUACGCUGGAGUCGCCAUUGUCGUCACCAUGAUGAUGCCGUACUACUUGCAGGAGACAGUGGCGUCGGUCGCCACGUCCUUCACCUACGUGGGCUGGGACUGGGCGCGCUGGCUGGUCACCGCCGGUGCCGUCGUGGGGAUCACUGCCAGUCUGUAUGGCGGCAUGUUCCCCCUACCUCGCUUGCUAUAUUCCAUGGCGUCGGACGGGUUGCUGUUCCGCUGGCUGGCCAGAGUCACAGUCGCGCGCAAGUCCCCCACCAUCGCUACCAUGCUGUCCGCUGUUGUCAUAGCGCUUCUGGCGGCCAUCUUGGAACUGAAUGAGUUGAUACUGAUGAUGUGCGUCGGGACGCUGUUGUCUUAUACCAUCGUCGCUGCCUGCGUUAUUAUAUUGAGGUAUCGCUCGGAGGCGCCCUCUCACGGCACGCACAUUGCGAAGCAAAUUUUCGGGGUCGGCGUGCGUUCUACGACUAGAAUCACUACAUGCAUUAUCAAUACCUCACUCAUUCUAUUUAUCUGCACGUGCUUCGCGGCGGCCGUGGUCGCCCACCACGCACCGCGGCCGCUGGUACCAGCGUCGCUGCUGCACGCGGCGGAGCUCCUGUUGGUGGUCGUCAUGACGCUGCAGCCCCAGGUGGAGGAAGAGCUGACCUUCAAGACUCCCUUGGUGCCAAUCAUCCCAUGCCUGAGUAUAUAUGUCAAUAUAAACCUAAUGGUCCUGAUCAAAGUGCAGACUUGGAUUCGCGUUCUCAUAUGGAUUGCUAUGGGUAUACCGGUGUACAUAUUUUGUGUGUGCUGCUACAAACAAAAGUACGAAGAAAAUCUAGAAGAAAGCAUAAAUUCUACAGCGAAAACAAAUGUGAACGGUAAACCUCCCGUUCAAAUAUAUGUCGUAUCACCGACCCCUCCUGGUACUACCAAACGUAGUAAUCACGGAGAACGAGCAUUGCAAAAUGGCAACAUUCAAGAAAUUUCGUUACAUGAAGAUAUACAGAAAGAACAACCAAUCAUUACCGAACAAAUGCAAGUGCAACACGCAUAUUUUGAGGACAACGAAGAAAAAGAAGCCAAAAUCAUAGAUCUACUUGAUCAAGUCUUACAAGCCGAAGAAGACUCUUACGAAGAAAUAAUUAGCCUAAAGGAACAAAAUGCAGACGAAAGCAAAGUAGAAGAAAAUGUUCCUCACAGAAAAUCUUUAAGUGAAUUAUCGGAUGCCGGCUCGGAAGCAUCGCUGGGUAAUCAAGUGUUAUCUAAAUAUGAUGUUAUCGUUCAAGUACAUAGAGAAGAUUUGCCGAAGUUGAACGAGCAAGAAGAGAAAAGCGAAAAAGAAGAAGCGGAAUUCCAAGAUUGUGAAAUAAACAUGGAUGAAGAGGAAGUCACUGCAUUUAACGACAGUGAUUCACGUACGGACGAAUCUGGCUAUUCAGACACCAUAGAUAAAACAGCGCUUAAUGAGUCUAUGGAAGACUUUAAGGAAGAUAUUCCAAAUAUACCAACUCCACCGCCUUUAGACGAAAGCUACUUCGCAACUCCUGCCUUCAAGAAAGCCUACACGAUAUCAGCUAGGCCGUCGAAAAAUAGUGUUAUUAAACCGGAAGAAGAAAAGAAGAGAGAAAGCGUUAAGUCAAAUAAUUCCUAUGAUGACACUCCAAUGGUAUUUGGUAGCGAUAAACAAAUGAAUUUUAUGUCAAAAUUAGAAAACAUAUUUCAAACUAAAAUGACAGGCCACGAAGAAGAGCCUUUGAAAAGGUCUAAUUCAGUUGGUAAUGUUGUAGCCAAUACAGAUGAUAUUAGGAUUCCUGAACGACCAUCCAUAUUUAUGGAUUUGCAAAAAGAAAUAAUGCUAGGAGAAGUAGCACAAAACUUGCGCCAUAUAAAUUUAGAGGACAAGACCCCUCCAACUGGCACAGAUGAAGAAGAAACUAAUUUAAGCCGAGAAGAUUUAAAAUCGAAAUUGGAAUCCAUUUUCGCUCAAGGCGGUCCAAAACCAAUGAAGUCUAGAUUAAUGACAACAAAUCCACCAACGCCCGAGGAAGCGUACCAAACCGAUACAUCUAGUUCCGAGAGUAUAGCGAAAAUGCCAAAGAUGGAAAAAAAUGACACUUUGAAAAGGCAAAAAUCAAAAUUUGGAGAAGUUCUUAAUUCGUUCCGCUUGACUUUAAAUAAAGACGAUGAAGUGUGAUUAUUGUUAAUCUGUGAACAGGGCCAGAUUUUUCGUGUGUUAAAAAGUGUGGUGACUAUUUACAGUUGGUCGCAGAUGAAGUAGCAUGAGGGGCAAUAGUUAUUGCACAUGAUCAAAAGUCGUCUUGUUAAACAAAGGAUCUAUAGGUAACAAAGUUGUUUCAAGUUAAAUGUACCUAGUCUUAUGUCAUAAGUGCCUUAUGUGAAAAAUAUUGUAAUGUUUAGGAUACGAAUUUUGUUUGUUGUGUAUUUUAUAAAUCUAGUAUGUAAAUAACUACCUAGUUAAUAUAAUUGUUGGUAGCUGAAUGAUAAAGUCAAUUAAGUAUAUACAAUAAAUAAAAUAUCGAUUAAAAAGGAAAACUUAUCUGAAGUUGCACGAUGGCUGCUUGCGUAUACGGAGAUAACUUUCACGGCAAUGCUAAAAUAAGUUCUUAUAGUCUAAAUUUAUUACUUGUACUUGCCACAACUGUUUUUGUCCAAAGAUCUUCGCCAUUUUUGGCCAAAUUUCAUUGAAAUUUAACUGCGUACGAAAUGUGUUUUCUGAUAUUAGUGAUAUGAAAAGGAUGUUAAAAAUUUAGCAAGGCGUUAGAUCUUUGGAAUACGGUAAAGAUGGGGAAGACUGCAACAGAAAAAGGUUGAUGUACGAUGGAUGAUAGACAACAUUGCCAAGUAACAUAAACUACAUAAUUUUGUCUCUUUAUGGAAGUCGAUAGAAAAUCACUGAAAGACUGAAGUCACAUACCCAAAUACAAACAUACACUUUUAAGUUAAUUUCCCACACAAGUCACUUUGCCGAUCAGUGACCUGAAAACAUAUAGAAUGGGUCACGUUUUUGCUGAUAGUUCGAUGAAGACGUGCAAAGUAGUUAGAUCAUGUAUGGAAUACAGCUCCUAUUUUAUGGCAAUCAGGUAGAUCUACAUAGUUACGUUGCUAUCUCAUAGACAAGUAAGAUAAACCCUUUCUUUCGUUUUAAUAUGCUUUGCGAAGAUCUAGAAUACAUUUAAGGCUCGGUUACCUACGUACAUAUAGGUAACCUUCACAUCAAGAGUAUAGUAUUAAACGUAACGCUUACACGACCGAUCGGUGUUUUGACUUGUGUGUGGAAGUAAACCCUUCAAUGAAUUACGUUGUGUAAUAAAUACGAUUUGUUUUGUAAUUUAUUUCUUGUGUUAAAAUAAAACUAUGUUUGAAACA